AUAUAAUAAUAAUAAGAUAAAAAGUUUUUAAUUAGCGAAUAUAGUGUAGAAAUGGAAGUGGAAUACGAUGAUUCCGGCUGGCAGGGCCGUACAAAACAACAGUCAACUACCGAGGAACUUCACGAAGAUAAUCCACAAAAAACGAUACAAGAAUGCUUAGAAAAAUUUCUAACACCCGACUACAUAAUGGAGCCUGGGAUUUUUACACAGCUCAAACGCUACUUCCAAUCCGGCGGCUCUCCAGAAGAAGUGAUUUCAAUGUUAUCUGAAAACUAUAAAGCGGUGGCCCAGAUGGCAAAUCUGUUGGCCGAGUGGUUAAUUCUAGCCGGUGUGAAGGUAACGGAGGUCCAGGCGAUGGUAGAGAACCAUUUAAAGGAAAUGAUUCUGAAGUCGUUUGAUCCGAAAAAAGCGGAUACGAUAUUCACCGAGGAGGGUGAGACGCCGGACUGGCUGACAGAAAUGAUCGAUCAUUAUACGUGGCGAUCUUUGAUAUAUCGACUAGCUGAAGAAUAUCCGGAUUGUCUGAUGCUCAACUUUACAAUUAAGUUAAUAUCAGAUGCCGGAUUCCAAAGUGAAAUCACGUCUAUCUCUACGGCCGCCCAACAGAUUGAAGUGUUUUCCCGCGUUCUCAAAACAUCAAUUGUUAAAUUUCUGAAUAAUCCCGACGAUGUGCACGGCGCCAUUCAGGAGUGCGCCCGGAUGGUGUGCCACGGCCAGCACACGUAUGUCUACUCGCAGGUGUUGAUACAAGUGCUCAGUCAGGAACAGAAAGGCGGCUUCAAUAUGAAACGGUUAUCCCAGGAAAUCAUCAAAUACGCCUUACAAAACAAUCAGAAUGUGACGCCUAUAACAAUGGCUCUGAAUGGCUCGGCGGUAUAUCCGCAGGCGUGUCAGGCGCUUACCUCGAUGUUAACGCGCAAUACCCUAAAUCCAGCUGAUAUAACCGUUCUGUUUCGUAACUAUUCGGGCUCGGAUCCGCCACCGAUAGACCUCAUACGGAAUCCGCAGUUUUUGGAGCUAUUGGUUGAUGCGCUUUUUCGUUCUGGUGUCAAAAUCAAUCCGGAACAUAAGCCCAAAUACGUUUUCCUGCUGGCCUAUGCUUCCUCUGUUAUUGACCAGCCCGCAAAGAAGAGGCCCUUGACCGAAAGAACCCUAAAUAAAGACGAACUGAAGAGCACCAUUCAGGCCAUUGAAAAAGCGCACGCUAUUUGCAAUGUAGACCAGGGCUCCACUGAACUUAUAGCCGAGCUGCAGACUCUUUACAAUUGCAUAAAGUAUCCAGUUGUCGGUGUUGGUGUAAUCCGAUGGAUAGAAAAUGUUGUAAUGGAGCCAUCCUACUUUAAACUAUCUACGGACAGCUGUCCCACGCAUUUGGCGGUGCUCGAUGAAGUAGCUGGGGUGCAUCCAACAUUGCAGCAGCAAAUACUUUUUCUACUUAUCCGUUUAUUCGAAUCCAAGCAGGAUGAAUUGGAGAUACUUGUGCAACUAGAAAUGAAAAAGAUGAUUCUAGAUCGUAUGGUUAAUCUGCUGACACGCGGCUGCGUUGUUCCAGUGCUGCGAUACAUCAAGCAAUGCUGUGCCAUCGAGGACACGGACAUUUCAUUGAUUCGGUACUUUGUUACCGAAGUGCUUGAGACAAUAACACAUCCCUAUUCGGCAGAGUUUGUGCAACUCUUUCUGCCGAUGGUUGAAAAUGAGGAGAUAACUGGCACGAUGCGCGGCGAAGGCGAUAAUGAUCCCGUCUCGGAAUUCAUUGUUCACUGUAAGGCGCAUUAUACCACUGUAUAGCAGACAAUUUUUUAGCAAUUUAAGUACAAAAUUUUUUUACUAUAAGCCCACAUUCAUGUAUGUAAAUCAGUAAAAGUCCAGUUUUC